AUGCGUUUCAAUGAACAGUCACUGCUGACAUUUUACCCCUCAAUUCUGAUCAUUCUCCGGUGCCUCUGCUGUGCCGAAACCACCAUGGUCACCAAUCUGGGGAAAAAAACCAAGAGUCGCUUUGCUGGGGGUGGGGGAAUUGGCAGGGUAAAGGAACAAAUCAACAAUCCAUUCAUCAUCCUGACUCGCCAUUCCUUUACUAUUGCCGAGUCAAAAUCGUGGAACUCCCUAACAGUCACCAUCUACCUGGCCACUGUCCUUCAGUACCUGGUCACUGAGAUCCAGGGGCUGGCGGGCAAUGUGGCCCAGGACAACAAGAAGAUUCGCAUCAGCCUCCACCACCUGCAGCUCACCAUCAUCAAUGACAAGGAGCUCAACAAGCCGUUGGGAAAAACCACCAUAGCCCAGGGUGGGGUCCUCCCCAAUAUCCAGGCCAUAUUACUGCCCAAGAAAACCAGACAUCCCAGCAAGGUUUAUGCCUGA